GCUGUGGUCAGUGGCAAACGCUGGCUCCACUCCAGCCAGCCGUCUGCUCUUUCCAGAGCCCCACGGACAGCCGCUUCCACUGCGUGCACUCUGGGCCACGGGACAGAAACCAGGGGCAGCCACCAUGCAGCUCUGCCUCCUCUUGUGCCUGGUGCUCCUCAACCCGCAGGUCGUCAGCCUCCGCCGACACCACUCCCAGGCGACAAAGAAGAGAGUCAGAGAGCUGCCCGUCGUCACCACGGUGGCCCCUGGUCACAGGGACUUUACCUUCGACCUCUUCAGGGCCUUGAGUCUGGACUAUAUCACAGAAGAGUACCCCUUUGAACUAACAAGAUUGGAAUCCCAGAGACUAGAGGACUUCCGAGGGUUUUUUGCAGCAGCCAACAGCCCGCAACCACCUGUGAGGAUUUUUGGUGAAUUUCUCAUUUUUCGUCCAUGUUCACCUUUAGCUAAGUGGGAGACAAACUUCAACCUCAAAAGCACCAAAACACAGGACUUCCACGUGACCUCAGAGAUGGUGGUGCAGGUACCCAUGAUGACACGCGAGGAUCAGUAUUACUACCUCCUGGACAGAAACCUCUUCUGCAAGGUGGUGGGGGUUCCCUACCAAGGGAAUGCUACCGCUUUCUUCAUUCUUCCCAACAAGGGCAGGAUGGGGCAAGUGGAGGCUGGCCUGAACCAGGUGACACUGAGAAACUGGCUCAAGAUGCUCACAAAGAGGAAGCUCCUGCUUUACCUCCCCAAGUUCUCCAUUGAGGGCUCCUAUCAGCUGGAUAAAGUCCUCCCCAAGCUGGGGAUCAGAGACAUCUUCACCUCCAAUGCUGACCUGACCGGAUUCACUAACCACUCCAACAUCCAGGUGUCUGAGAUGGUGCACAAAGCCGUGGUGGAGGUGGAUGAGUCGGGGACCAAAGCAGCUGCAGCCACGAACACAGUCUUCGCGUUUAGAUCGGCCCGGGUGGGCUCUCAACUGGUAGUGUUCAACAGGCCGUUUCUGAUCGUCAUUGUGGAGAACACUGAGAACAUCCUGUUCCUUGGCAAACUGAUGCGCCCCUGAGGUGGGGAUUUCUCCCGAAAGGCCAUAGACCUCCAUACAUAGCAUAGUGGCCAUCUAUCUGCUGAGAGCUAGUGAUCUGCACAGGUUUAGUUGACUAAUGAGACUUUCACAAAUAAUAAUAGCAAUAGUGUUAUACUGAUGAUUACUUCUUUUCACACGAUUGCAAAACACAGGUGCCUUGAAGAACCUUGGAGGACAUUCAGUCUUGCCUCACCUUUCAUCAGUGGAGAUUAGCACCGAGGCCCACAGAGUUUGGUUGACUUGCUCAAGGUCACACAGCAUGUUAGUGGCAGAGCGUAGCCCAGGAUCUAGGCCCCUGAUUCCCAGCCCAGCCCCACAAAGCUCUACAGGAAGGCUGUUCCAUAGACAUUUCCACCAGGAACCGUACUUCUAAGCCUAGUCCCCCACUUGUCAGCAAUACCAGCUAUCAAUUCAUCAUGGUUUGGAAUGAACACUGGAAUGGGAGUCUGGAAUGGGGCUUCUGUCGCAGCUAAUAAGCUGUGUGACAUUGGGGUGAUACUGUCCUUCUCUGGACUGCCUCAUGUGUACAUUAAAGGAUCAGGUCAAGGACUUGAAGGAUCCUUGAAAUCAUAUAAAAAGGCUGAGGUGUUACCUGCCAAUCACAGUUGAUUUUAAUACAUUCAAGUGCCACUCAUCCUUUAAGAAAAGCAAGUGGACAGCAGGAUGGUAAUGGCCCAUCACAAGAUUGUACCAUCCUGUGGAUGAAGUCAGUCUCAUGGGCUUGGCUGGGAAAAGAAUGGAGGCCUGUAGAGUAUCAGCAUAAGACACUGAUGACUAGCUGUGAAUUUUAGUGUCGGCCAUAACAAUAAAGCAUUUUGCAAACA